AUGGCAGUGCCUAUUACCGAGGAUGACACCGACCCACUUUCUCACACUUCCAGGAGGACCGCUUCAUCAUCCCACAGCACCACCCCCAAAGACGCCGUCAGCUCUUCUUUUGCUUCACGAUUCUCACCAUCAGCUGUCUUGCAACAUCAGCGGAGCAAAGACCGGCUAACCUCCACCAUGGCACAUUUUGGGGCAGAUAGUACCCUGGGGCAAUUCUCCUUUGCUCCCGCCACGCAAACCACGGUGGUGACCACAACAACUACGACGACGACAAGAUUUCCUCCUUUCGUCAUGAGAGCUCCAAGACGUAUGCAGGACCUAGAUCCUAAGCUCUACCCCCUCGCUGCGACCCCUACUCCAUCUUCACUCAGGAAUAUCAGCUUCGACCUUCAAGGCAAGCAGACGAUCUUUAAGGAGGCUGAAGAUACUACUGUUGCGAUGGAGGAGAUCGAACAAGAGAAUGAGAUCCUGAAAUCGAAUGGGGCUGUUCAGACUGUGCAAACAUUCAAGAGCGAGCCACGGGAUUUUUCCAGCUCAUUUGGCCCCCAUCCGCAGCGAUCCGCACCCAGAGAAAGACCAGCUUCGCCGGACUCAAUUGUCGACCAUGCCGAGCCUGGACGUAGUACUCGUUCGACAACUGCGACUCGGCGAGUUGACUCGUCCUCCAGAGGCCCGUCCUCUUUGCCGCGUCUCAGAAAUUUCCGAAGGGGCGAACCGGCCACUCCAGAGAUUGAUCUCAGAGAGCGGCGUAGGAAAGGAAGACGUUCGCUGGUAUCGAGCACCUCAGGGAGCGCCUCUAAGGUAGAUGAGUCUCCGCUACCGUCCUCUGUGCUGAAGCAUAACACCCCUUCUACCCUUGGAUCAGCUCACGAUAUGGCCUCAAACCGACCUACAUCUAGCCAUGGCCUACAAACGACGCCUUCGAGCCGUCGACCGACCAUUAUCGAGACCCAGUGUUCUGCAUCGGGCAUUUCACAUUCGCAGACCUUGAUCGAAAGCAUAGUGCCUACUCCUCCUAUCCAAGGAGACGAACGCCAAUUCGCUGUUCCUCCGGCUCGAAGGAAUCUAUCAUCUAUACCAUCUAGACUAGCGGCGGUGGACACUUCAGUGGCGCAAGAUGGCAGCUUACCUAGCCCCAGCCUUUCACCGGUCACAGCUGCUGCGAACCUUCAGAAUGCUGGUUACUUCGCUGACAUCGACUCCAAUUCAGAAAUGGCGUCCCAACAAGAUCACGAUAUGAGUGAGAGCAGCCAGGCCUUUGACCCUGAUUCUGCAAAGCGAAUGUUCGAGUUCCCUACGCCCCAGAAAGGGCCGCAACUGCCUGAAGGAUCGCCUCCCAUCCCUGAAAACCUCCAGUCCUCCAUUAACGAUAUCCCUGCUAUGCUUGAUUUCUUCGAGGCUAUACCAGAUGAACUCAAAAGCUAUGUGAUGCAUCAGCUGCUGCGACGAUGUCCAAAGCCUACUCUUCAUCUCGUAGCAGAUGUGGUGAAUCCGGCUCUUCGGUGCGACUUUGUUGGCAUACUGCCUCCAGAGCUGAGCCUUAUCAUUCUCAAGUACCUUGAUGCGAAGAGUCUGUGCCGAGCCUCGCAGGUAUCCAGGAAAUGGCGUCAUAUAGUGAACGGUGAUGAACAAGCAUGGAAGGACUUGUUCGAUGCAGAUGGGCUUAGUCUCCCACAAGGAGAACUGAGACGAGCGAUCGUCGAAGGCUGGGGGUGGCAAGAUCCAGUAGGAGUCGAUGGAUGGGAGCAAGACAUUAGCGCUGCAUCCGGUACCAGAUCCGAGAGCGAUACAUCACUUUCAACUUCCACAAUGCUUUCCAACAUGGGUCAGAGAAAUGGUCAGCUGGCGGGGACAGGCAGUUCACGCAGACCCAAAAGGAAAGCUGCCUCGAAGCUGUCAAACCGCAAUAAACAGUUGAAACGAAGAGACACCUCAUCAGACAUUUCCGAGAAGCUGGAAUCUAUCGAUCUGUUGAGCCAGAUGUCAUCUGCGGAAGGACCCUACAAUGCAGCGAAUGCUGCAGCGAUGGCCGUACCGUAUCCCAAGGUUGGCUUGUCAUCCCUCAAGGACCUUCAUCUUUAUAAGUCGUUGUAUCGCCGACAUCACCUCAUCCGGAAAAACUGGAUGCGCGAAGACGCAAAGCCUCGACAUAUCGCAUUUCGAGCUCACGACCGCCAUGUUGUAACGUGCCUUGGCUUUGAUGACGACAAGAUUGUUACUGGUUCUGACGACACGAAUAUCAAUGUAUAUGACACGAAGACGGGGGCGCUACGUGCUAAACUCCGGGGCCACGAAGGAGGUGUUUGGGCGCUACAGUAUGAGGGCAAUGUCCUCGUCUCUGGGUCCACUGAUAGGUCUGUGCGAGUGUGGGACAUCGAGAAUGGCCGACAGAUGCAAGUGUUCCAAGGUCAUACCUCGACCGUUCGAUGCCUUCAAAUCCUUUCACCCACCAAGGUUGGCGAAACGCCAGACGGCAGAGCCAUCAUGAUGCCCAAGCAGUCCUUGAUCAUCACAGGCUCUCGAGAUUCCAACCUCCGAGUCUGGAAACUUCCUCAGCCAGGAGAUCCUCCGUACUCCCCAGCUGUUUCGCCUCAAGAGGAUACCGACUGUCCAUAUUUUGUCCGCGUCCUUACCGGUCAUCAGCACUCUGUACGUGCCAUCGCGGCACAUGCCGACACCCUCGUCAGCGGAAGUUAUGACUAUACUGUGCGGGUCUGGAAGAUCUCGACUGGCGAGACAGUGCACCGUCUGCAAGGCCACACCCAAAAGGUCUACAGCGUUGUCCUCGACCAUGAGCGCCACCGCUGCAUAAGUGGUUCCAUGGAUAACCUCGUCAAGAUCUGGUCCCUCGACACCGGAUCCAGCUUGUACACCCUCGAUGGCCAUACUUCCCUCGUCGGCCUCCUUGACCUCCACUCUGAGCGCCUCGUAUCCGCGGCCGCAGACUCAACGCUACGAAUCUGGGAUCCGGAUAACGGCCAAUGCAAAGCCACGCUUAGUGCCCAUACUGGUGCCAUCACUUGUUUCCAGCACGACGGUCAGAAAGUGAUAUCGGGAUCCGAUCGCACCCUGAAGAUGUGGAAUGUGAAGACUGGGGAGUGCGUCAAGGACCUGUUGACCGAUCUCAGCGGCGUCUGGCAGGUCAAGUUCAAUGAGAGGAGAUGCGUCGCUGCGGUGCAGAGGGAUAAUAUGACGCAUAUAGAGGUGCUCGACUUUGGCGCCGCAAGAGACGGCGUCCCCGAAUCAAAACGUGGUCAACGCAUUGUAGUGGAUGCGGAGGGCAUAGAGAUCGAUCCCGAUACGGCAGUCAUGGAGAUUGAUGGUGCGGCUGAUGAGCAAUGA